AUGGCCAGGAAUGAGGCAGGCAUUCAGCACAAGAAGACAUCCCCGUAUCACCCUCAGGCUAAUAUUACCGAACGUGUUAAUCGGAACCUGAAAAUGAUGUUGGUCGCUUUACUAGUCAGUCAGCACCACCGUGAUUGGGAUCUUCACAUGGCUGAACUGCCGUUCGCUACACGGACAACAGUAAAAAGAUCUACAGGCUUCACCCCGGCGUCCCUGAACUUGGGACGAGAGGCACCUUUUCCAGUGGAGAAUGCUCUGCGCCUCCGGCAGUACCCAGCCUCCUUAUUCAAGGUUUGCUUAGGACCUCCGGAGUCGACUGGGCAUUGCAGCUCGGACGGCUCGGGAGAAUCUGGACGUCGCACGGUUGGACCAGGCUCGCCAGUACAACCGAGGACGACGGAAUCUCGCCUACAGCGUCGGUGA